AAGCGUAUGUAUGUACGUGUGUGUGGCGGUGUUGGGGAUCGAGUGCUAGAAGGAGUGAAGCCGACGAGAAUGCCUAAGAUCAAGGUACCCAGCAGUGAUCAGAAGGAGCCGCAGGCAAAGAAGAAGCACGUUCGUUUGAAGAACGCCUUCCCGCCCAGUACCAAAGAGAGACGUUCGGUUGCCAGGGCCCAGAAGCUGGCUAAACAAAAUCUCUCCGCUGCUCCGAGGAAGGCUGCCCCCAGCUUUCAGGAAGCCUUCGGCUCUUCUGACGACGAGUGCUCGACUUUCGCCGGGUUUGAGGACGUGAGGCACGAUCUGCUGCGUCUGGAGGACUUUCUUCAGCAGAGAAAAGCCUCGAAUGGGGCCUCGGGCGCCGCAAAUGAAGACGGUGCGGAAUCUAUGGAUGCUGGAGAGCCGAGGGCGGAGGACUCGGAGAGCGACACCGACGACUGGGUACCUGAAGAGAGAGAGCUACCAGUCUCCAGUGGAGGAUUUAGUUGUACAGACACCAAGACAGCUGGGGAGGUGGAGUUUGCUGAAGAAGGAGAGCCUCUGAAACUGAGCGAGGAGGACCAGUCCACCUCAGAGCCUCUCAGAACUCCCUCUCAGUCGUCCACUGUGAUCGUGAGGCAGUCCCAGCGAGCUCGAGUCCCGUCCAAGAAGACAGCUCCUCAGCUGGCGAUGGAGAAAGAGAGGGCGUCGUCCCCCGGGGGGCCCCAGCCCCCCCGAAAGAGGGGGGUUCGUUGCAUGGAGUGCCCCGCCUGCCUGCGGACCGAAGAUUGUGGCUCCUGCGUCUUCUGCAAAGACAAGCCAAAGUUUGGGGGACCCGGGGUGAAGAAGCAGGCCUGCGUCCAUCGUAAGUGUCUGAAUCUGGUGAGAGAUCCAAGCGCCAUUCUGCAGACCAAGUCUCUCAGAAAGACUCCACGCUCAGAAGGAGCCACUGACUCCACCCCCCAACAGGCCAGCCCAUUGAGACCGCGACGGUUCACCCUCGGUCCCACCCGGGGUGGGGGGCGAAAGAGAGACCACGACGGUCUCUCGGUCCAUCUACAGUGGCCGUGGAACCCGGACAUCACUGGGGUCCCAGUCUAUUCCACCAGCAGUGGUACGGAAUCGGGACGCACUCUGAACCUCUGCAAGACCUGUGGAAGUGCAGGCAACGUUGAGAUGGUGACUUGUGUGGUAUGUUGCCAGAUGUUUCACACGUUUUGUGCGGGUGGAGCCUCGUUGCCAUUGGCAACCAAGAAUCUCUACACCUGCUCCUUGUGUGUGACGUGUGACGUGUGUGGAGAAGGAGAUAAUUGUGUCACCUGCACGUCAUGUGACCGGUGGUUCCACAAGGCCUGUAUGAGUGAGCACCGGUCUUACGUUGGUGGGCGUGGCACCUGGAGGUGCGUGGCUGUACCCACUGUGUCUCCUGUAGAAGUACCACCCCCGGAGAGUGUCCAGAGUCGAUGUGGUACGAGGAUUUCAUGUACUGUAAGACGUGCUACGACCUGAAGCAGAAGGGGAACUUCUGUCCCCUGUGUCUGCAGUGCUACCAGGACUCGGACUUCUCGUUCCAGAUGGUGCAGUGCGGAAGAUGUGAGUUCUGGAUCCACGCCGCUUGCGAAGACAUGUCAGAUGACCAGUAUGAGGUGCUGUCUGAUCUGCCUGAAGAGGCGGUUGUGUUCCACUGCCGUCAGUGCCGAGAGAGGAGAGAGAGGGGGAAGAGGGUGGAGGGAGGAGAGAGGGAGCUGACGUGGAGAGACGCAGUCAAUAGAUCCAUGAGAGAAGCCUUCUCAAAGGUGCUGGAGGCCAUACAUCCGCCUGUCCACACCUCUCUCUUCUCUGACCUCAACAACCUCCGUAGAGAGAUGGACCGCCGAGAGUGGAGCUCUGUGUCUUCGUUUGCGGAGGAGGUGAAGGAAUCCAUUGAGAGAUGUGUUCAAACUCACAAACCACAGUCUCCAGAAGCUGAAGCUGCACACUCUAUGGGCUCCACUGUUACAAAGGAGUUGAUAAGGUGUUUCCCCUGGUAUGCCCUGGAGUGUGGGGAGACGUGGAGGAAGGAGAGGGAGGUGAGGGUGGUGAGGAGGUGAAGAUGGAGACGAGUGUGAGUUGUGAUAGUGACGCAGUGACCCAGCCCCCUCCCCCAGAGUCCGCAGCCAUUCCUGCAACGCCAUUGGAGCCUUGUCGUUGGCCGGAGAGCUUGUUGCACGACCACGCCUACCUCCCUCCCUCCCACGUGACACCAGUCACACCAUCCUCACCACUCCACCGUCACACCUCCACACGUCCACCAGUGGCCGACAACAAGGUCGGAGAUUCUCGGAGUAAACUUACCCCGAAAUUGAAGUCGGAGCCGAUGGAAUUGGGGGAGAGUACUCCGACUCCGCCGGAGGGAGUGACAGACUUCAGGAGAUGUGCUCUGUGCAGUGUAACUGGAGAUGCACCCUCCAUUGGGGCGGGGCGACUCCUCCCCUGUGGUGUCGGAGAGUGGGUCCACGUGAACUGUGCCGUCUGGAGUGCAGAGGUCUACGAAGAGUGCUCCGG